AAUAAUUAAAAAAAUAAAAAAUUCAAUCAUCCAUCAAAAAAAUAAAAUUAGUUAAUAUUUAUUUUGAAUAUUUAAUCAAAAAUGCAAGAUUUAGAAUAAAAGCUAUAAUAAAUUAGAAAACUUUAGUUUAAUUUCAAAGUAGAAGAAUGCAAAAGCCUAUGUUUAGAGCUUCUCUAAACUUCAAAAGAAAGUUUACCAGAGCUGAAAACUAUUUGCGGCUUUUGUGAGUAGUUUUCUGAUCCCAAAAAAUCAAUUAAUACUUUAUAUAGUGUCUAUGAAGACUCUCCUUUUUACUUUAAAAACAACACUUAUCUUCUACAUGUAUUAGACCAAUAGUCGUGUGAAAAAGCAAAGAAAUUUGCAAGCUAAUUAAUCAAUUCAUAUGAGAAGCUUGGCGAAUAAACAGAUAUUUAUUAUUUCCUUUCAUUUUCUAUGGCUUAAAAGACUAUUGAUCCUGAGAACCACCUAGGCACUAAAUAAAUCCUUUUGAAUGGCUAUACAUAACAAGGAAGUAUAAAAAAAAAUAUUGAAGAUUAAGAAAAGUCCUUCUAAAAAAUACUAUGCUCACUGCAAAAAGAGGAAUAAGCUUGGGUAUAUCACCAAAUAGGUAAAGAGAUUCUUUACAAAUUUUUUUUGGAUUAAGAAGACUAAGACAUUUUCAAUGAAUGUGCUACUAUUCUCAAAAAUUGUCUCUAGGUAUAGCCUAAUAAUACUCUUGCUAUGUAACUACUAGCGAUGUUGUAUGUUCAAAAUGAGCAAAACAAGACUGAAAACCUGCUAAGAGCAUUAGAAAUAUAUAACAAAGCUUUAAAAAUUAAUUCAAACGACUAACAGAUGAAAGUCUAUUUAUGUGAAGUUUUAAUUGAGCUAGAUUAAUUUGAAGAAUGUGAUGACAUUUUGGAAGGAAUUGUAAGCUAAAAAUAAACACCUUUUUUGUUCAACAAAUAUUUGCAAUACGUUUCUUUCUCAUAUCAGUAUAGAUUCAAAGACUAAAAUAUCGAUUUUGAGAAUUUGUUUCGUCUUCUGAUGCAAACCAUAGAAUAUGAUGGAGAGGAUUAUUACAACUUUGAUUCUUUUUAUUUAUUGGUUUAUCUUGUUUAGCUUUCUAAAUCUUUCAUAAAGCAAAAGGAGUAAAUAGAAAAAGCUUUGGAAUACCUUUCAAUGAAUGAUCCUAAAAUCUAGUCUAAACUUAAGCAAUUAGUAGGUUUUGAGCCACAAUUAUAAGAAUUUCUAAAUGUAUUUACUAAAAAAAUACAAGAGAGUAUUUAACAAAUUUACACUUUAGCAGCUUAUCAAAAGGAGAUAGAGCCUUAAAUUACUUAUAUGAGCAGAAUUUCACAUUGGGACAAUUAUUUUAAUUGA